UGACCCCUGUUAUAAAGUCCUUCCGGUCUGUGUGCGUCUCUCACAAUUGAAAAUGGCGGCUCUCGGACGCUUCUCUCAAGUGUUGCUGAGGUCUUCUCUGGCCCAGACCCGGCGUCAGCUUUCUGCUGAUGCUGCUGCCGGACACGGCGAGCAGUCAGCUAGGACAUGGAAGAUCCUGACCUUUGUGGUUGCCCUCCCUGGUGUUGCCGUGUGCAUGUUGAACACGUUCUUGAAACACCAUGAUGAGCACGAGAAUCCAGAGUUUGUCCCCUACUCCCACCUUCGUCUUCGCAGCAAGCGUUUCCCUUGGGGAGAUGGCAACAAAACUCUUUUCCACAACUCUCAUGUGAAUGCCCUUCCUGACGGCUAUGAGGGACACGAUUAAACCCUCUCUCUUCAGACCUCAUAACUGACGCAGGGACCAGUCUCACGGUGUCUGUAACUGGACCACACUCCUGUCUACAGUUUACUCUUCUCAGUUUUACCUCUGUGCUCUCAGCAUGGGGCACCCGAACCAACAGUUUCUUUUCUCUGGACCAUUAUACAGAAUGUCAGCUUAAACUGAAUUAAUAAAGUACCUAUUAUAACCUA